AUGUACGUAACUUGAAUGGUAUUGUGGUCCUCUUUUGCAGUAACCCCUUCUUCAUUCAUCCAUGUUUAUGAACAUUGAUGAAAGGAGAGAGGUAGCGGGGUGUGUCAGAGGUGUGUGUUUGUUUGUUUGUUGCCUCUCGGAUUCAUUUGGAUUAACCUUUUUUACAUCAAAACCAAUCAAUUUCGUUCAAACCCUUCAACACAAUUCCAAUGGCUUCUUCUCUCAGUCUCUCCACUCCUCCUCUCUGUCGCCCUAGGGUAUGCAAACAUUUCAAAUUGUUCAAUGGGUUGCUCAAGUUCUCAUUCAGUGGACAUGGGUUGGAUUUGGCUGCUGUCAAACUCAACUCUAAAGUCCCCAAUGCUGUAAUUAAAGCUAAAUUGACCUCUGGAGGAGGAGCCUUUGGAACACUGGGAGCAGACACAGCUGUGCCAGCAGGCAGUGGUUUUUCUGAUGACGAUGACGACGAUUAUGACUUUGACAGUCCAACAGAAGGUUUUGCUUCCAUACCUGAGGCCAUUGAAGAUAUUGGGAAUGGAAAGAUGGUGGUGGUUGUAGAUGACGAGGACAGAGAAAAUGAAGGAGACUUAAUAAUGGCGGCGCAGUUAGCCACACCUGAAGCUAUGGCUUUUAUUGUGAAGCAUGGAACUGGGAUAGUUUGUAUAAGCAUGAAGGAGGAAGAUUUGGAGAGAUUGGAGCUUCCUUUGAUGGUAAACAGUCGGUAUAAUGAUGAGAAACUUCGGACAGCAUUCACUGUGACAGUGGAUGCUAAACAUGGUACUACCACCGGGGUGUCAGCUCAAGAUAGGGCAAUCACAGUCGUGGCCCUUGCUUCCAAAGAUUCUAAACCAAGUGAUUUCAACCGUCCAGGCCAUAUUUUCCCACUAAAAUACAGGGAGGGUGGUGUGUUGAAGAGAGCUGGACAUACAGAAGCUUCAGUUGAUCUUGCCAUACUUGCUGGUUUGAAUCCUGCAGCAGUUCUGUGUGAGAUUGUGGAUGAUGAUGGUUCCAUGGCUAGAUUACCUAAGCUUCGCCAGUUUGCAGAGCGUGAAAAUUUAAAAAUUGUAUCUAUUGCUGACUUGAUAAGGUAUAGAAGGAAGAGAGAUAAACUAGUAGAGCGUGCUGGUGCUGCACUAAUACCAACAGUUUGGGGGCCAUUUGCUGCUAACUGCUAUAGGUCACUUUUAGAUGGGAUUGAGCAUAUUGCAAUGGUUAAGGGUGAAAUUGGGGAUGGACAUGAUGUUCUUGUGAGGGUACACUCAGAGUGUCUCACGGGAGACAUAUUUAAAUCUGCUAGGUGUGACUGUGGAAAUCAGCUUGCUCUUGCAAUGCAACAGAUUGAGGCUGCUGGUAGAGGUGUUUUGGUAUAUCUUCGUGGACACGAAGGACGUGGUAUUGGGUUGGGACACAAACUACGUGCCUAUAACCUACAGGAUGAUGGAAGGGACACUGUAGAAGCCAAUGAGGAGUUGGGGUUGCCUGUUGACUCAAGGGAGUAUGGAAUUGGUGCACAGAUUUUGAGAGACUUGGGUGUUCGUUCUAUGAAGCUAAUGACAAACAAUCCGGCAAAAUAUGUUGGGCUCAAAGGUUAUGGCUUGACAAUUUCCGGUAGGAUCCCAUUGUUAUCACUUAUCACAAAAGAGAACAAGCGAUACUUGGAAACCAAACGUGUGAAAAUGGGCCACGUAUAUGGCAUGGAUUUUAACAGCAAAUUGAAUGAUCUAGACAGUGGCAAUGGUAAAAUCAACAGUGGUGAUGAUUCUAAUGCUGCUCCUGGCUUAUAAACCUGUUUUUUAUAUCUUUCUGCCAGAGACACAAUUUUAUGUCACAACCAACAAAGAGGAAGUGUAAAUUUCCUUACUACUGAUGGAUUUAAAAAGAAUGAGGAGUCUACUGGUGAUUUAAUUUUUCUAAUUCAUUUGCCUGACUUUUCUUCUGGCAGGCUCUAUAAAUUAGGCUUCCUUGAACAUUCCUCCCUCUGAAACACUAUCAAGUGCCAUGUAAUGUAUAUCAUAGAUGAUAGAUGAGGGCAUUGCCUAGACAACUUUAAGGUUGACUUUCUUGCUUUCUUUUGUGUUCAUGAUAUAUAAAGCUGCGUGCUUUUGUGUAGUUUCAUUUUACAAAAGCGAGUGCUUUUGUAGAGGUUCACUAUAUGAAUGAAGGUGCAAUUUUUGUCAA